CGCGAAUUUCAAAGACACAGAGAGGUUUCACCUGGCCUUCAGGGAUAAAGCCGACGUUUACGUGGCCGCCGGCGAACGACCACCUGGCGGAGUGUGUCCACGUGUUUGGCCUCGGACUCCAAACCCACCAUUCCAAUCCACCUCUGCGCAUUUAAAGUCCGCCCCUCGAAUUCCAAAAAGCUACUGCGCAGUAUCCACCACUUUUAAGCUGCCUCUGUCUCUCUCUCUCUUAACCUUUGCGUUUUCUCCAUCUCUUCACUUCUCUCCCAGUCUUUCCCAUCCCUCUCUGUAUCUGACAUCGCAAUGCGAUAAUUCUGGGCUUUCGUCGGCAAUCUUCAGAGUAUGUUGUUCUGCAAUCAAUGUAUUGCAAAAGCGUUUCCCUUUUCCUGACUGCUUGAACAAGAGAAUGGCAGAAGAUGGGCAGGGUGAAUACAGUCAGGAACUGAUGGAGAGACCCAAAGAUGGUGUUACCAUUAAUGAUGCUUUAAACAUGUCUGGCAAGAAUCUCAGUCAGGUUAAGGUUGAAGAUGGAUCAUUUUUUCCAUCCUUGGAAGAUGAAGUAAUAGGUGUUCAACAUUUGCUAGCAGAACCUAAUUGCAAUGACUUUGGUGACGACGUUCUAGGUUUUAAUGCUUUCAAUCAUCAUAAGUGCUUUGCUUGUGAUGAGUUUUCAGCUGUUGAAUAUGAUUCUACAAAACCUGAUAGCGAUGCACUGAGUUGCGGGCAUAACUUGCUUGAGAAAGUUAAAGAAUUUUCAGAUGAGGCGUUGUCAGGAACCGAUAUAAUGGUUCUUGAUGUAAAAAAUAACAUUUCAGAUACCUGUGAAGACUAUCUUCUAGAUACCGAAUUUGUUGAUGAAGCUUCACAUCCCAAUCCAGUUAAAGGAUCAGCUGUGGGAAACAUGCAUAUGGAAAGCAAGUCCAUGGUUUCAGAAGACGCUGUUUGUGUUGCUGAGGUGCCUGAAGUGUCCAUUGCAUGUAUCCCAGUGCUUGACAGUGCAUGUCAAAAUUCGUCAUUGCCUGAUAAUAUGACAAUUGAUGAGAGUGUUGUUGUAGCUGCAAAUGAAAAAGAAAGCGAAAUGAUCUUGCCAACAAGUGAUCAGUGCUCCCAAAGAGUGUCAACCUCCUUUAAAGUUAUGUCCAAUUUAAAAGGAAGGCCUGGAGUUAACUAUGUGGAGGAGAGAAAUGAGAACCGUGUUUCUUUGAAAGCAUCAUCUUCUGAGAAUAGAAAUGCAUUAUUUAGUUUUUCUGAACUAAGAGAAGAGGAAACUGUACUUGUUAUGGGUAAGAGAUCGCGCAAGCCUACUCGGAGAUACAUUGAAGAAUCAUUGGAACAACACUCGGGACAUCAUAAAAAGAGACGCGGGAAUUCUAAUGCAUGCCCAAAUCCUAAAGUUGUGGACAAUGGAUCUUAUAAGAAGCAUUCUCACAAAGGAUUUAGAGCAAAACAUUUUGUCUAUCAGAAGGAAUCUUUUAGAGGAGCUUGUAUUCAGGUUCCAUUUGGUGAACCUGUUCAGGGAGACCAUUCAAAGAAAAAGGUGCUUGAAUCUGAGGGUUGCAAGGACAGUAGCCUCUUAAGUGCAAAUGCCGAUUCUGAUGCUGAUUCUUUUUCAACUGAAUCACAAAAUUGUGUGUCUGAAGAGGAUUAUAGCACGGGGACCAAGAGUCAGAAGGGUAAAACUCGUAGAAAACAUCAUAUGUACUGGUCUCUCUCAGAGGUAUUGAAGUUGGUUGAAGGAGUUUCUAUGUAUGGAGUGGGAAGAUGGACUGAGAUAAAAAAGCUAAUGUUCCGAUCAUCUGCGAAUAGAACUUCCGUUGAUCUUAAGGAUAAGUGGCGCAAUCUUCUUAGGGCCAGCUGCCCACAUAUGCGAAGCAAGAGGGAGGUUGAAUCAAGAAGGAAGCAUUCAUCACAGGUAAUUCCACCGUCUAUUCUGCAUCGUAUCAGGGAGUUGGCUGCCAUGCAUCCGUAUCCUCGGGAGCGAAAGACGCAGGUCUUGCAAACUGCUUCUGUUGCCUCACCAAUUCCCAGCAAAUCGUGUGAUGGUUUGGUGCCUCUGUCAACUGCUGUUAGAGUUUAGUGUACAGUCAAAUAUCGUUAGAAAUUAGGUACUGGAUAUAUAGAUGAAAGGAUAUUUUUUAAGAAAUGGGGAAAGCUAAUACAACCAUGUUAUAAA